AUGUAUGAACCACCGUCGCUCUCCCUGGGCUUUCCGCUCCCCCCGGGCACCUGGCCGCCGCAGUUCGACGCGUCCAUCCCCGAGAAAUGCCAUGCACCGUUCUCCACGCAGUGGAUCACGUCGUACUUUGACCACGGGAACCUCUCGACGCGCGACACGGACGUCCUUCACAUCGUCUCCUCCGUGUCACACCGUCCGUCGAUCUACACCAUGUCCGAUGAACGCAGCGGAGGUUUCGUGCAGUGCAAGAUGAUUCCGGGCAUGAGUAACCUCAUGCACACGUCGGACAUCAACCCGCGCACAAAGCACCGCAGAGACCCUGAGAAGGCCGCUCAGGCAUAUUUUGAAGCACUGGCGUAG